AUGGUCGGUCACGGUCUCACGGGGAUGCUCGGGGAAGAUGGCAUUCAUAUUGAUAUGAAUCACCUGAAGAGUGGAGAGGUCAACCUAGGAACAUCAAUCAUGGCGAUAAACUUCAAGGACGGUGUUAUACUGGGGGCGGACAGUCGGACAACGACCGGUGCUUACAUUGCCAAUCGAGUCACCGAUAAGCUCACACAGGUCCAUGAUACCAUCUGGUGUUGCCGAUCCGGUUCGGCCGCUGAUACACAGGCCGUGGCGGACAUUGUUUCGUACCAUCUCAACAUGUACGCAAUCGUCAACAACGAGGCCCCAAGCACUCAGGUCGCUGCGUCGCUGUUCCAGGAGCUAUGUUAUGAAAACAAGGACAUGCUAAGUGCCGGAAUUAUCAUUGCGGGUUACGACCCCCGACAUGGAGGCCAAGUGUACUCGAUACCUUUGGGCGGAUCACUACACAAGCAAUCAUAUUCGAUUGGCGGGUCUGGUUCGACUUACAUCUACGGUUACUGUGACGCGAACUGGAAGGAGAACAUGACGGAAGAAGAGGGUAUCGGUUUCGUUCGAAGCGCACUGCAGGAGGCAAUCAAAUGGGACGGCAGCUCUGGCGGCGUGAUCAGGAUGGUAGUCUUGACAAACAAAGGAGCGCAACGACACCUGUAUCUGCCAGACACUGGCUACACUGCACCCGGUAACACCAAUUAG